GAAGUGUUCAAGCAUUGUGCAGAGUAGCGGUUUGAACCUGGUCAGUUAUUCUGCUGAGUUUUUUAUGGUCUCGUAACAGAUUUCCAACCUGAACUUUGACCAUGCAAGCAAACCAACUAUAGAGCAGAAAGUCUUAAAGGUUCAGGGCGAGGUUGAGUCUUUCUUGGUAAACUUUAACCUUUGGGCAAGUUUGUAGUUUUUCUUCAGAGCUCAGUUGGACGGUUCGUGGACAAGACAAAGUUUCUCCAAGUUCCCUGACUGACUUCCUUCUGGUCAUGCAGCUGGUGAUCCGUCGGUACCGUCCCUCAGACAGGGACACAGUGCUCACUCUGUUCAGCAAUGCUAUUUUGGAGCACAUCUACCCGUGUUUUCAAACCAGCAUGACCAGGCCUCACUUCCUCGCCUUCACCCUGGCUCUGUGCGCUGCUGGCUACCACCUCGGCUCUGUGUUCGGGGCUGUGUUGUUACCAGGACUCUGGAUGGGCCUUGUCUAUUAUAGCUGUAAUAAGAUAUAUGCCGGCUAUGUCAGUAUGAGACUCAAGACGGACAUGCAGGACAUCCCUGGGAACUUCCUGAGCAGACCGGAUGACUGUUUCUGGGUGGCUGAGGCUGAGAUCGAUGGCAGGGACCAGAUUAUGGGUACAGUUGCUGUGGUAGCUAAACAAAGUGGGAAAGAAAAGUACGGGGAACUGCACAGAAUGAUCAUCUCACCAGAGUGCAGACGGGUUGGCCUGGGCUCCAGGAUGACUCAGACUGCGCUUGACUUCUGUAAGGAACGAGGCUUCUCCAAAGUGGCUCUGGAGACCAGCUCCAUCCAGACACCCGCUGUGGCCCUGUACAAGAAACUGGGGUUCUGCCAUGUCCUGUCGGGCAUCAAACCUGAGGCUCCCUCAUGGGUUUUAAUGCUGGCUAAUGUCUCAGUUUUACAAAUGGAAAAGCAGCUGUAGAGCUAUGUGUAACAAAGUCUUUUGAGAAUUGUUAGACCACUUGCACCGUGUGGAUGAACACCUGUUAAUUGGUUUCGAACAAGACACUCGUUUAAGUUUACUGAAUCAAGAUGCACCAAUUGUUGAUUAUGUGCUUUGUGUUUUUUUUAUCAAAUACUGUGAUUUUAUAUCUUAACUGAACCUGUGA